CUUGCUGCUUUCCGGUCGGGCGUGACGGGCGGACCUUUCACGGUAUACUAUCCAUCACUAGUCGCCGGCGAAACUUCCUGGAAUUUUCGUCUGUACGGCGGCGCGUGGCCACGGACUAUCACUAGAGGAGAGGAGAGCACCACGGACUGACUGACUUGCUGCUCGAUCUCUUCUUCUUCUACCUAGCUUGGCUUCGGCGUCGAUCACCAGUCCCCGCGUUCCGAGCCAAGAGAGAAGAUGGGCCGCGGGAGGACGGAGAUGAAGAGGAUCCACAACGACGUGUCGCGCCGGGCCACCUUCGGCAAGCGCCGCCGCGGCCUGCUCAAGAAGGCGGGCGAGCUCGCCGUGCUCUGCGGCGUGGACCUCGGCCUCCUCGUCUUCGACGACGGCGGCGCCGGCAAGCUGUUCGACUACUGCAGCCCCAGCACAAGCUGGAGCGAGCUAAUUGAGCGCUACGAGAGCAUCACCAACCACAAGUUCCAGUUCCAGUUCCAGUUCCAGGGGAUAGAUCAUGAUGAUGAUGAUCAGCAACAGUUGGCGGAUCUGAGGCGUGAGCGUGACCGUCUCGAGGCCAGCGUGAGGAGGCAAACCGGAGAAGAUCUGCCAUUCGCCGCGACGGCGGCCGAACUGGACGAUCUGGAGCAGCGGCUGGAGUGCGUGCUGGGUGAAGUCCGUGAAAUGAAGGAUAAGCUGCUGGAGCAGCAGUUGGACGAGUCAUACCACAAGGUGCGCAUCUUGCAGGACCAGAACAGCUUCCUUCGCCGCCUGGUAAUUUGCAUCUCUGCUUGCCUGCUAAGCUGCUAUGCAUGCUGGCUUCCUGAAUGUGUCUUCACUCUUUGUCAGAUGGGCCAGGAGGGGCAGCAAUGUGCUGCUGUGGAGGCAUCAGCUGUGGCGCCGAAGCUACCGGCGCCGGCGCUCGGGGGAUCCUUCCCAGAGGAGGAGGAGUUGACGGCCCUGCGUUUGUGGCCGCGGCAGCUCCCCGACGUGUAAGGCAUAUGCCUGAAGCCCAGCCUGCAACUCCGGUGAUUAAGGUCGAAGGGAGAUGAUAGCCUGACGGAACACAGACGGAGAUUAUAAUUGACGAUUAGUUAUUAAGAAUCUAGCUUAAACUUACUAGUAGCAGGCCUAAGGAUCCGACGUAUGUUCAGAGAGCAUGCAUAUAUACGUUAACAAGUAGCAGACGGACGCCAGUAUUUUGCUCCGCACAAUUUCCUGUACGACUGUGUGAGCAGCACUCCCAAAUCCCCAUAUGUAAGUAGUGUCACGUUGGUUCAUAUGAAUUUUACAUCA